AUGGUAGGCACACAUUGCAUGGCAGGUGUACAACCCACCCUCCCCGAAGUGCGCCAAUUGUUGCAAGAAGCAAUUAAGCUGCCCAACCCUCCGAACCUCGUCCCACUAUGCGCUUCCAUCUCGUCCGAGUUCUUGACUCCCUCAUCGAUAUACCUCAAGGUAUCGGCAAAUGCCAAAUCGAAACACUCAUUCCUCUUCGAGAGUGCUGCUACAACAGAGACCAUCGGCCGCUAUAGUUUUGUUGGUGCCGACCCGCGACACAUGCUCAAGACUGGAGAAGGCCAUGGACCAGAGACAGACCCUUUGCCCAUCCUGGACCAGGAACUCUCAAAAUGCCGUGUCGCUGAGAUCCCCACUCUCAAGCUCCCUCCCAUGACCGGUGGUGCUGUUGGAUAUGUUGGCUACGACUGUGUCAAAUACUUUGAGCCCAAGACCCGUCGCCCUAUGAAGGAUAUCCUCAAGGUCCCCGAAUCGCUUUUCAUGCUGUACGACACGAUCGUUGUACUGGACCACUUCUUCCAAAAGGUCAUGGUGGUCACAUAUGUCAAGGUGCCCGAGAGCCUUGAUAACCUGGAUGCCGCCUACGAUGAAGCAAAGCAGACUGUCAACCGCAUGCUGCAAGUUUUGAAGAAGACCGAGGCUGUGUUGCCCACACAAGAUCCCGUCAAACUGGGCAACGAAUAUACUUCCAACAUUGGUCAGGAGGGUUACGAGAAGCACGUCCACACAUUGAAGGAGCACAUCAGCUCUGGAGAUAUCAUCCAGGCAGUUCCAUCUCAACGCAUGGCCCGCCCAACCUCACUACACCCCUUCAACAUCUACCGCCACCUCCGUACCGUCAACCCCUCGCCAUACCUCUUUUUCCUUGACUGCGAAGACUUCCACAUUGUCGGUGCUUCACCUGAGCUCCUCGUCAAGGCCGAGAACGGUCGUAUCUACACCCAUCCUAUCGCCGGCACUGUUAAGCGCGGUCCCACAGCCGAAGAAGAUGAGAAGCUUGCACAAACACUGCGUGACUCCCUCAAGGACCGCGCAGAGCACGUUAUGCUGGUCGACUUGGCUCGUAACGAUGUGAACCGGGUUUGCGACCCCUUGAGCACCCGCGUUGACAAGCUCAUGGUUGUACAAAAGUUCUCUCAUGUUCAACAUCUGGUUUCGGAAGUCAGUGGAGUCUUGCGUCCUGACAAGACCCGAUUUGACGCCUUCCGCAGUAUCUUCCCUGCUGGUACUGUAUCUGGUGCUCCCAAGGUCAAGGCUAUGGAGCUGAUCGCGGAGUGCGAGGGUGAGAAGCGUGGUGUAUAUGCCGGUGCUGUCGGAUACUUCGGUUACAGCAGCAUAGAUCUCACCACCGGACAGGAAACUGAGGGUGCCAUGGACACAUGUAUUGCUCUGCGCACGAUGUUGAUCAAGGACGGUGUGGCAUAUUUGCAAGCUGGUGGCGGUAUCGUCUUCGACUCUGACCCCUAUGACGAGUAUAUCGAGACCAUCAACAAGCUCAAGGCAAACACGACAUGUAUUGAGCAGGCCGAAAAGAAGCACUAUGACGAGCAACAAGAAGAUCUCGAGACUUCAAAGUCAGACGAGAAGCCUCACGUCGACUUGGCUGCUGGAUAG